CACUUUUCUUCCUUGCAGGCUCCUCAGCUGCGUGCUACAAGCCCACCAGCCCUGGCCAGAUUCUGGAGGACACUGGCUUUCUUUAUCAGGACCACCAGUUGUUUGCUGGCAGGCAUGACAUUUCUCCACUAACAGCUGAAGCAGUCAGCGCUAAAGAAAAAGCUGCCGAGGAAACCCUCUGCACCUUGCACCCUCCAGCCUUCCUCAGGAGCUCAGAGGUGGAGAUGCGAGGCUCGGAGGAGGUGGCAGCCGGUACGGUCCUGCAGCGUCUGAUCCAGGAGCAGCUGAGGUAUGGCAACCCCAGCGAGAACAUGAACCUGCUGGCCAUCCAGCACCAGGCAACGGGCAGCGCCGGCCCCUCCAACAGCACUGCCAGCACUCUCUCUUCCACAGAAAACCUCGCGCCCGAGGACCCACAAAUGGUCCAGCCGUCGGCGCGGCAGGAACCGCAGGGGCAGGAGCACCAGGGGGACGGUGCUGCGAUGGAGAAGCAGCCCCGGGCCACGCAGCCCCCACACAGCAGCGAGGAGCUCCCCACCUACGAGGAGGCCAAGGCCCAGUCGCAGUAUUUCCGGGGGCAGCCACCGGCGGGGCCGGGAUUUUAUGUCGCCGGCACCUCUGGCCAGAAGUCCAGGACGGAGGGGAGGCCGACGGUGAGCCGGGCCGGCAGCGGGCAGGCGCAUAAGGACGAUGCGCUGAAGGAGCUGAAGCAGGGCCACGUGCGCUCGCUGAGCGAGAGGAUCAUGCAGCUCUCACUGGAGAGGAACGGGGCCAAGCAGCACCCACCUGCCCCGGCGGGCAGCAAGGGGCCAAAGGCUGCCCCGACGCCCAGCAAAGGCAUGGACCCACGGGGCCCGCCGCCCGAGUACCCCUACAAGGCCAAGGUGGCAGCAGCGGUGUCCCCCAGCAGCAAGGCCCCUGAUCAUGGGCUCUUCUAUGGUGAGCAGCACCCGGCAGGGCCGCAGGACGUCCUCAAGGCCUCCUACGUGGCCCCGCAGCCCUCUAGGACCGAGGUGGCCGUUGUCCGUUACCAGCCGCCCCCAGAAUAUGGGGUGACCAGCCGACAAUGCCAGCCUCCCUUCCCGCCGCCGCCGGCCCAGCAGCACAGCCCCAUGUCCUCGCAGGCCUCCUCUGCUGCCGGCCCUUUGCUUCCAGGCUCCUUGCCUCCGCUGCCAGCCCCCUCCACUGCCCAGCCACCUGUGCCACUGGGCCAGCAGCUGACACCCGACGCCUUCGCCAUCGUGGAGCGGGCGCAGCAGAUGGUGGAGAUGCUCUCCGAGGAGAACCACGUGCUGCGGCAGGAGCUGGAGGGGUACUAUGAGAAGGCAGACAAGCUGCAGAAGUUUGAAAUAGAGAUUCAGAGGAUUUCAGAAGCUUAUGAGGGCCUGGUCAAGACCACCACUAAGAGGGAGUCUCUGGACAAAGCGAUGAGAAACAAACUGGAAGGAGAAAUUAGGAGACUUCAUGAUUUCAACAGGGAUCUCCGUGAACGACUGGAGACAGCCAACAGGCAGCUCGCCAGCAGAGACUUCGAUGGGCAUGAGGAUAAGUCAACAGAGGGCCUUUAUGUCACUCAGAACAAGGAACACUUGAAAGAGAAGGAGAAGCUGGAGAUGGAGCUGGCAGCCAUGCGCUCUGCCAAUGAGGAUCAACGCAGGCACAUUGAAAUCCUUGACCAGGCCCUAAACAAUGCUCAAGCCAAAGUCAUCAAACUGGAAGAGGAGCUGCGUAGGAAGCAGGCCUAUGUGGAGAAGGUGGAGAAGCUACAGCAGGCACUGACACAACUUCAGGCUGCCUGUGAGAAGAGGGAGCAGAUGGAGCGACGGCUGCGCACACGCCUGGAGCGGGAGCUGGACUCGCUGCGCAUGCAGCAGGUGAGGCAGGGAUAG